CUCAUGGUCGCCUUCUCCGCACUUCAAUGAAGAAAGAUAUUCUCCCGCUCCGAGGAAUAUGAAAGGAUUAUCUGGUAGUCGCAAUCAACCACAGUUAUGUUCAGCUCAUACUUGUGGCUUAGCAUCCCCUGAAGAUUGUGACCAUACCCACGACCAUAUCCACCAUGGGCAGGAGCCGAGGCCGUCGUACCUUCUCAGCCCCACGGAGAGUUGCCCGCUGGACCACCACCGUUGCUCCCCACGCAGCUCCAUUCAUUCCGAGUGCAUGAUGAUGCCCAUGGUAAUGGGCGAUCACAUGUCGAGUAGCACUUUCCCCAGAAUGCACUACAGCUCACAUUACGACUCGAGAGACGACUGCGCCAUGUCUCACGGAAACCCUAAGAUUAACCGUAUUCCUGCAAACCUUUUGGACCAGUUUGAGAAACAGCUUCCCCUUCACCGGGAUGGGUUUCACACCUUACAGUACCAGCGGACCUCAACAGCUGCGGAACAACGCAGCGAGAGCCCGGGAAGGAUACGCCAUCUCGUUCAUUCCGUCCAGAAACUUUUUACUAAGUCUCAUUCUCUGGAAGGAUCAUCCAAGGGCAAUGUUAAUGGAACAAAGGGAGACAGUCGAGGGGACGAUCAUCACCAUGGACACCAUUCCAAGCAUAGCAAAAGGAGUAAAAGUAAGGAGCGAAAACCAGAAGGCAAGCAUAAAUCUGGAAUGAGUAGCUGGUGGAGCUCUGAUGAUAAUUUGGACAGCGAUAGCACUUACCGAACCCCUAGUGUGGUAAAUAGGCACCAUGCAGAUCAUAUAUCCCAUUGCUAUCCUGAGGCACUCCAGGGGCAUUUUGGGGAUCUCUCAUUGAAGACUUCCAAAAGUAACAAUGAUGUGAAGUGUUCGGCUUGUGAAGGGCUACCAAUGACCCCUGACAGUAAAUAUAUGAAAAGGAGUUCUUGGUCCACGCUCACAGUAAGUCAGGCUAAAGAAGCUUAUCGCAAGUCAUCACUGAACUUAGACAAGCCUCUGGUUCAUCAGGAAAUCAAACCUUCCUUGAGGCCGUGCCAUUACCUUCAGGUACCUCAGGAUGAAUGGGGAGGAUAUCCAGCUGGUGGGAAAGACGAAGAGAUCCCGUGCAGAAGAAUGAGAAGUGGGAGCUAUAUUAAGGCCAUGGGAGAUGAAGAAAGUGGAGAUUCUGAUACUAGCCCCAAGACAUCGCCAAAAUUAACAGUUCGACCAGAGUCAUUACUAAAAUCCAUUGGACCAGCCCUAACAGACCUCCCAAGUAUAAGGGUCUCUAUAUCCCAUCUGCUCUUGCAGCUGGUGGUUCAGAGCUACCUUCAAACUGCAAGUGACGUGCCUGGGGGUCACAACCUGGAUCCCUCUGCAAACUACAAUUCCCCAAAGUUUCGCUCAAGGAAUCAGAGCUAUAUGAGAGCAGUGAGCACGCUCAGUCAGAUGAGUGAAGCAGAGGUUAAUGGACAAUUUGAAUCGGUGUGUGAAUCAGUGUUUAGUGAAGUUGAAGCUCAGGCAAUGGAUGCCCUUGACCUCCCCGGAUGUUUCCGAACAAGAAGCCACAGUUACUUGCGUGCCAUUCAGGCAGGCUAUUCCCAGGAUGAUGAAUGUAUACCUGCGCUGACAUCUUCCAACAUCACCUCAACCAUCAGACACCUAGAAAAUUCAUCUGUGUCUGUAACUUAUACAAGUUACAAGAAAACGCCGCCACCAGUCCCGCCUCGUACCACCUCCAAGCCGCUGAUCUCGGUCACGGCGCAGAGCAGCACGGAGUCCACGCAGGACGCGUACCACGACAGCCGGGCUCAGAGGAUAUCCCCGUGGCCGCAGGACGGGCGAGGGAUGUACAACUCCACCGACAGCCUGGACAGCAACAAGGCCAUGAACCUGGCCCUGGAGACGGCGGCGGCGCAGCGCCACGCCGCCGAGAGCCAGAGCGCCGCCAUCCGCACCAGCGACAAGGCCAUCCUGGUGAGCAAGGCAGAGGAGUUCCUCAAGAGCCGGCGCUCCUCUAUAGGCAUACAGGUGGAAACAGCAACUGAUUCAGAUACUGAAAGCAGAGGCCUGCGGGAAUACCACUCUGUUGGAAUCCAAGUGGAAGAUGAAAAACGGCACGGACGAUUCAAGCGCUCAAACAGUGUGACAGCAGCUGUCCAGGCUGACCUGGAGCUGGAGGGUUUUCCAGGACACAUCACCAUGGAGGAUAAGGGACUUCAAUUUGGCUCGUCAUUCCAGCAGCACUCGGAGCCCAGCACACCCACCCAGUACAGUGCAGUGAGAACUGUCCGGACACAGGGACUGUUCAGUUACAGAGAAGAUUACAGGACCCCAGUGGACACCUCAAACCUCCCACCUCCAGAGCCCUGGCUGGAGCCAGCCAUCGAGACAGUAGAGACUGGUCGAAUGUCUCCUUGUCGACGGGACGGAUCUUGGUUCAUGAAGUUACUGCACACUGAAACUAAGAGAAUGGAAGGAUGGUGCAAAGAAAUGGAAAGAGAAGCAGAAGAAAAUGAUCUUUCUGAAGAAAUCCUAGGUAAGAUCCGAAGUGCUGUUGGAAGUGCUCAGCUCCUCAUGUCUCAGAAAUUCCAGCAAUUUUAUUGGCUUUGUCAGCAAAAUCUGGACCCGAGUGCCAUGCCAAGACCAACUUCCCAGGACCUUGCAGGUUUCUGGGACUUACUGCAGCUCUCAAUUGAAGAUGUCAGCAUGAAGUUUGAUGAACUGCACCAGUUGAAACUCAAUGAAUGGAAAAUAAUAGAAUCACCUGAAAGGAAGGAAGAAAGAAAGAUUCCUCCUCCUGUACCAAAGAAGCCCCCAAAAGGAAAAUUCCCUAUCACAAGAGAAAAAUCUCUGGACCUACCUGACAGACAACGGCAAGAAGCCAGGAGACGGCUGAUGGCUGCCAAGCGAGCAGCCUCUUUCCGGCAGAAUUCAGCCACAGAGCGUGCAGACAGCAUUGAGAUCUAUAUCCCAGAGGCUCAGACCCGGCUUUAAAGACAGAAUGCUGCAGAGUUCCUUUUUUUUAAACAAAAUGCUUGUACAGUUUGUCACUUACCUGGUAAUUUUUGUCUCAUUCUCUCCACUAAAUAUGCCCUUGAUGUUGUGUUCUUUGUGCCAUAAGCACAGUGGAAUGCUUUCGAUUUCCUCAGAAUUUGCUGAGCUCACCGCAAGAACGACUUCUUUUUGUAUUUAUUGUCUGACUUACAAUCAGCUACAAUGGAUAGGGCUUGUCAAGACCUGACUUAUCCAAUAUAUUCUCAGAGGACAACAAGAAACACCUCUUGAGAUGGAACCCAGCUUACUUUUUGUUAUUUAUAUUUUUAUAAAAUGUGUGAUAAUUAGGGAUAAGAAUAACAAACUAUAAAUGGGUGCAUCUCACCAUUCACUAGAGGCAUUAGCUAAUCCAAGUAGAAGGUGCUACAAAUGUAAAGAGCAGUAAAGAAAGAACCCAUUUAUCUCCUUGACCUCCAGUUUCUUUUCCUAGAAUCCAGCUAACAUAUUUACCCAUGUGCUCUGCCACUCUUCUCAUCUUUGUUACUGCAAAAUUACAUUAGGCCUCUCAUCUCAUUCGUGUUUCUGGAGAUGAACAGGGAUAUCGAGCCACUAAAACUCCAAAGUUCAUCAGAAACCAAGAAGCAUACAAGUCUGGUGAUAGUGGGAAUGUCCACUGAGAAGCGUUUGCUGUUAGCAGUAUAACGACACUCUGAAACAAAAGCAGAAGUGUAAUGCAAGAGGACUUGAGUGAUGGGUGAAAGGAAAACGGAAGCCUUAAAAAGUUAGAUCUUCUGUAGUAAGAUGAGUAAAGAAAAGUUAAACUCGCUCCUUUGGAACACUCAUUGCAUUUUUAACAGUUCUUUUACAUGUUAAUAUUUAUUUUAAAAACCUUCUCUCUUUCAU